AUGGGUCUGCAGGGAAAAUACCUUCACUGGGCUAUAACAGCUGCAAGCUGUCAAGCCUUUCUUUUGUUGGGAUAUGACCAGGGGGUCAUGAGCGGCCUCGUCGGCGCGAACAAUCAAUUCGGACGGACCUUUAACAACCCCGAUAGCACCAUGCAAGGUCUCCUUACAUCAAUCUACGAUAUCGGCUGUGCAGUCGGCUGUCUUCUCAGUCUCGUCAUCGGCCACAAAUAUGGUCGUCGCAAAAUGAUUAUCGCGGGUGGCUCAAUCAUGAUCAUCGGAACCGUCAUCCUCGGCAGCUCAUAUAGCGUACCCCAAUUCCUCGUCGGACGCAUCGUCACCGGUCUAGGUAAUGGCAUCAACAGCAGCACCGUUCCUGCCUACCAAUCCGAGCUAGCGCGCCCGGCGCAGCGUGGCAUGUUGCUCUCCGCUCAAGGAACGGUUACGAUCUUGGGUCUCUGUAUCGCAUACUGGUUGGACUAUGGGUUGAGCUUUUCGGAUACGCCUGCUCAGUGGCGGUUCCCGAUUAGCUUCCAGGCCUUCUUUGCCAUAUGUUUGGUUUUACAGAUACUUCCAUUGCCCGAUUCACCGCGCUGGCUCUGUGAGCAAGACCGCGGUGACGAGGCAGCUUCAGUUCUUGCACGCCUUCAAAUGGAUCAGCCGGCCGAUGUGACGACUCCUGAGGUUGUUCAUCUACGUCGACAGAUUGAAUCAUCCAUUGAGAUUGAGUCUGCUGGCGGACCAUUCAAAUACAGGGAGCUCUGGUCGCGUGGUCAGAUGGGCAAUCUUCGUCGCAUGAUCUUGGCUGCCGUCGUCAAUAUUCAGCAGCAGUUCACGGGCUCAAACAUGAUCAACUACUAUGCCCCCAUUGUCUACCAGAACGCAAUGAACUUAUCCCGCAAUCUAUCCCUGAUUCUUGGCGGUUGCACCUCACUUGCCUAUCUCGUUGGAUCAAUCAUCCCACUAUGGAGUAUGGAUAGGUUCGGUCGACGAGCAUCACUAAUGACCUCGGCUGCUGGUCUCUGCUUCUGUUUCGUCAUGACUGCGAUCCUUCUAUCAAUUGGCACUACGCCAUGUGCCUAUGCGGCCACAGUGUUCGUAUUCAUCUUCCAGCUGUUUCUUGGCAUCGGCUAUCUGCCAGUUCCUUGGUUCUAUCCCUCCGAGAUUUCAACGACUCGUAUCCGAGCAAGAGCUCAGGCUUUUGGUGGUUUCGUAAAUUGGAUCUGUGUUUUCAUUGUCGUCCAAAUCACACCGACGGCAAUUGAUAACAUUGGUUGGAGAACGUUCAUCAUCUUUGCCUGCUUCUGCUUUGCUUGGAUUCCCAUGGUUUUCUUCUUCUUCCCCGAGACCAAAGGAUUGGAGCUGGAGGAUGUAGACCACCUAUUUGAGAGAGGCGGAAUUACUGGAGGCGUGUGGGAAACUAGAGGAUUCCCUGUCCGUCCUGGACAUCACCGGACUAUGAAUACGGAGAGGAUCGAAAAGCCAGUCCCUGAGACUGCACACUUUGAGGUAUAG